UUUGGUGGGAAUUAAGGAUCGAACGGAUGAGAUUAUGAAGCAAUUAGAUCUAGAAGCUUUUGAUGUAAGGUUUAUCGUGAUUCAUGGUAUGGGUGGCAUCGGAAAGACGACACUGGCUAAGACUGUCUUCAGACAAAUCUCCUCUCAAUUUCAGAGAUAUUGCUGCUUUCUUAAGGAUGUUCAGACUCAUGAUAUAAUAAACUUACAAAAGAAAUUGUUGUCCGACAUUCUCCAUUUGAGUUGCAUAGACCUAUGCUUCAUUGAUGAAGGGGUUGACAUGAUCAAGACGAGAUUUCAUGACAAGAAAGUUCUCAUUAUUCUUGAUGACAUUGACAGUCGAGACCAAAUCAUGAGACUUGCCGGCGAGCCCAACUGGUUUGGUGGGGGCAGUAGAAUCAUCAUAACAACUAGGAAUAUUGAAUUCCUUGUAAACGAAGGUGAGGAUGACAAUGUCCCAGCCUCUAAUAACGGACAAUUUUCAUUCUACAAUAUGUCGGAGAUGAAUUCACAUGAUGCUCUUCAACUUUUUUGUAAGCGUGCCUUGGGAUGUGCCAAGCCUCCAUAUAAUUACGUGGAUAUUGCAAAUAAGCUAAUCAAUACACUUGGAGGACUUCCAUUGGCUCUCGAUGUUGUAGGUUCCACACUUUGCGGAAAAUCCCAAAAGACAUGGGAAGACGUCCUACAUAAGUUAAAUACUGUGAUGAAUGAGGAUGUGAAGAAGAAGUUGAUGAUAAGCUACGAAGCAUUGGAUGCUAAGCAACAACAUAUUUAUCUUGAUAUUGCAUGUUUCUUCAUUGACAAAAAUAAAACAAUUGCAAUGAAAUAUUGGGACGCGGUCUUUGGGUAUCCUACUGAAAUCAAAGUCAAGACCCUCACAUAUAUGUCUCUAAUACAGAUCAUGGACAAUGAUAUUUUAUGGAUGCACGAUCAACUUAGAGACCUCGGAAGGGAUAUUGUCCACUCGGAAAGCUGCAACAUACAUCUAAGGAGUAGCAGAUUGUGGUCACCUAGGGAUGCCUUCCAUGUAGUGCAUAGAAAAAUGGGAACUGAGAACAUAGUAGGCCUCAAUCUUGGCACACCUAAACCUGACGCAGCAUACAAAUUUAAACGUAAAGAAUUUAAGAGGUUGGUUAACCUUAGGUUCCUUCAAUUGGACCAUGGAAACUUUAAAGGAGACUUUAAAGAUCUUUUCUCAGAGUUAAGAUGGCUCUCUUGGAGCAACUGCCCUUUAGAAUUCCAAGCAACCAACUUUGGGUUGAAGAACCUAGUGGUUGUCAUGCUUUCGGGGAAUAACAUUAACGAAGACUGGGAAGGAUGGUGUCAAAUCAUGGUAGCAAAACAAUUGAAAGUCCUACAACUCGAGGAUUGUCCAUCCCUUAGAAAGACGUGCAAGUUCUACGCAAUCUCGCAAUUGGAGAGAUUGAUUCUUAUAUGCUCUCAACUAAGAAAGAUUGACAAGUCCAUCGGCAAUUUGCAGCAUCUUGAUUACCUAAAAAUAAUGUCUGAAGCUAUUAAGUCACUACCAAAGUCCAUUCGCCGUCUAAAAUCUUUGACAAAGCUAAGAAUAGAAGCUAAAAUAAUCUCAGUUUUGCCUCACUCAAUUGGCAAUUUAGUGAAGCUGAAGCAUCUAAUCUUGAAUUGUCAGGAACUUCAAAAGCUUCCCGACUCUAUUGGAAAAUUGGAGUCACUACUUAAGCUAAGUGUCAAAUGUUCAAAAAUCCGGGAAUUACCUUAUACUAUUGGAAAUUUAGAAAGGUUAAGAGUUUUACGCAUCUCAGUUUGCGAGCUAGAAAAGCUACCAUACUCAAUUGGGAGGCUCCAAUCAUUGGUCAAGUUGGAUUUGAGCUUUUCAAGAAUUAGGAGCUUACCUGAUUGCAUUGGAAAUCUCAAAAAGUUGAAGAUACUAGAUUUGAAUUCUAGCCACAUAAGUGAACUUUCGAAAACCAUAGGAAUGUUGGAAAAUCUAGAAGAGUUACAUGCUCAAUUUGUACAUCUAAUGGGGGAAAUUCCAAGUGAAAUUGGGGCACUAUCCUCAUUGAAAAUUCUAGAAUUAUCCUAUGGCUGCUUUAGUGGAUUGCCGACAACCAUCAAUCAGCUUACAAAUCUGCAAGAACUUAAUUUAGAGGGCUGUAAUUCAAUCCAACAGCUGCCGGAGCUUCCCAAGAGUCUCACGUGUUUAGCCUUUUCAGCAAAUUCGUUGACCACGAUCCCUGACUGCUCAAACCUAACCAAUUUAGUUGACCUUGAGAUAAUCGGAACAUCAAUCCAAGAACCUAACAUAGAGGGCAUUGUGAGACUACCUACUCUGUGGCAUUUGACUUUGUGCAUCGGAAAAAUGGCCUUGCCCGAUUUUAGUUCCCUCUCUCAUUUACGAAGUCUCUCCAUAAGUUGUGCUGAGCCCCAAUCUCUUAUCGGACUCCCAUCUAGCCUUCAAGUGUUAAAUUUAUACAAUGUGCAAUCACCAAUAGAUUGGUCAGUCUUUUCCAACUUGGAGAAUUUGUCGAAGCUGUUUGUUUAUGGAUAUUCACUAGGAGAGAUUUGAUUCGAGGUGCUUGGAGAGCUACGGAAAUUCAAUGAAUUGUUGAUGGAAGACUGUCCAUUGUUGAAGACGUUAUCCAUUCUAACUAGCCUGAAGAAGAUCCAGAGUUUGUCCCUGCGCCAAUUGCCUCUGCUAACUGAGAUUCAGGGUUUAGGAGAAUUGAAAUCAUUGCGGGCUUUGUUUAUCUCAGGCUGCAAUUCUGUCAAAAGCUUAAGCGAAUCUGAUCGUUAUAAUCUACAGAAUCUGAAAAGUUUGAUGUUCUAUGGAUGUGAAUCAUUGGAGAGUGUGUUGGGUGUGCCAAAAUCUUGUCAACUCAUGGUUGGUGCUUGCCCGAGGUUCAAUAGAGAUGGAUAAGAUACGUAUCA